UACAAAAGUCACAAUAUGGUUACAUUCUAUUUUGCUUUAAGUAAAAGAUUACGCUUUCCGGCGGUGACGACGGAGAACAUGCCUCUCGCAAAAGAGGAGAAGAGGAAACACAAGAAAAAGCGCCUGGUACAGAGCCCCAAUUCCUACUUUAUGGAUGUGAAAUGCCCAGGAUGCUAUAAAAUCACCACGGUCUUUAGCCAUGCACAAACGGUAGUAUUGUGUGUUGGCUGCUCCACUGUUCUCUGUCAGCCUACUGGCGGAAAAGCAAGGCUGACAGAAGGAUACUCCUUCAGGAGGAAGCAGCACUGAAUGCGCCCGAUUGAGGAUGAGUGGGAGCCAUCCCAAUAAACACAUUUUGGAUUAAAAAAAAAAAAAGAUUACAAUGAGUAAACAU